AGAUUUUGUAGUGAUUCGAAGAACGGUCGUGAUUAAAUGGCUCUGACUUACGUGAUCUCUUCGCUUCUCCUAUCUGUUGUUGUUGCAAAGCCAUUGUCGGAUACUCCUCCGCAAUGGUCUAACGCUUACACCGUCUCUGGCGUGCUGCGCUUGCCAUAUGCUGAAAUCGUGGAACCUAUGGAGGUUUGGUUUGACGGUGAAAAUGGCAGGAGCAGGAUCGAUUAUUAUUCAGGGUUGGACAUUACAAUUCAGCGAGAAGAUGUUGGGAUGUUUGGUUCAAGUUACAGAGUCUGUCCAGAGACCACUGAGACUGAGUUGAAUGUGAAAACCUGCUUUCAAGUGAAUGGAACCAAGGAUGCCCCAGUGAAAAUACAGUCAGUUUUACCUGACCUCUCAAAUUUCAAGUUUGGUGGCUAUGGUGACUGUAUUGUAGGCAACUGUACAGUAUGGACUUACACUCAAACAGAACAACACAAAGUUAACACAUACAACAUGUAUACAUCCCAGUCUGAACCACCAAAUCCUGUUCACUAUGAAAUGUUGGGCUACGACACUCUUUUGGGUUCUCACUAUGACAAAUAUUUGAUUGAUUUUAUGGAUUAUUCACCUCUAAUGCCACCUGCUAAAGUGUUUGAGAUCCCAGGUAUGACUUGCAGAGGUUUCCCUGGACCUGGAGCAAUGACAAGCUUAUUGGCAAAUCCUAUGCAAGAGUUUGUUGAACCCUAUGGCCAUGAAAAAGUACAUGAGCUGUUUGAACACUUCCUGAUAAAGCACCCCAAAAAAUAUGCCAACACAGUGGAGAGGGAGGAACAUCACAGGCGCAGAGAUAUCUUUAGGCAAAAUUUGAGGUUCAUAAAUUCGCACAAUCGUAAGCACGUUGGUUUUCAAGUAGCUGUAAAUCAUCUGGCAGAUCGCUCAACUGAAGAGCUCAGAGUACUUAGGGGGCGUACUUAUACAGAAGGAUACAACGGUGGCCUUCCAUUUAAACCAGACUUGUCAACUUUGAAGGAUGUCCCGGAUACUAUGAAUUGGCGACUUUAUGGAGCGGUGACCCCUGUGAAAGAUCAAGCAGUGUGUGGGUCGUGUUGGAGUUUUGGCGCCACCGGAACAAUUGAAGGUGCAUUGUUUCUCAAGACGAAGAAUCUUGUCCGCCUUUCUCAACAAAAUCUGAUUGAUUGUUCUUGGGGUUUUGGUAACAACGGAUGUGAUGGCGGAGAGGAGUUCCGAUCAUAUCAGUGGAUAAUGAAGCAUGGUGGUAUAGCGACGGAAUAUACCUACGGACAGUAUCUGGCACAGGAUGGGAGAUGUCACUCAGGGACUAUUGGUGCCAAAAUAGAAAGCUAUGUAAACGUUACCUCAGGAGAUCUUGAAGCGCUCAAGAUUGCCAUCGCUCAGAAAGGGCCAGUAUCAGUUGGAAUAGAUGCUUCGCACAGGUCGUUUGCUUUCUACUCGUUUGGAGUGUACUACGAGCCUCAGUGUGGAAAUAAACCCGAAGAUUUGGAUCACGCAGUGCUUGCCGUUGGAUACGGCACCAUGAAUGGGCAAGCUUACUGGCUGAUAAAGAAUUCGUGGUCUACACACUGGGGCAACGAUGGCUAUGUCCUCAUGUCUCAAAAGGAUAAUAACUGCGGUGUUGCGACAGAUGCAACCUUUGUUAACUUAGAAUAGCUUAGAAUCGCUUGGCUGCUUAAUUCAAAUCAUUGAACGAAUCGGUUUUAAACUAAAGUAGAAUCUGGUUCUCUCAGUGACUGAAACAGCUUCUUAACUCUAGAGGGCUGAAACUAAAACUAUAAACUAUCUGGUGAAUAUUGUAAAUGAUUCGCGAGAGCAAUAGCUUAUUAAACCUAUUUUCGCAAA